AUGAAGCCACUGUAUUUGGUGUUUGACCUCUGGAUACUUACUGGAUGUUUCCUGUCUGGUGAGUGUCACAGAGGCCCCAGAGGACAACAUGAGCCUAGAGGACCACUAACUCCUUCAACUCCUCCUCCUCAUCUUCAUCCUCAGCUUGAUCACAAUACUGAACAGAAUGAUCUACCACCUGAUACACCCCCUAGAGAAAUUUUAUCUCAAACAUCUUCUAUUUUUGUUUAUGUUACUGUUUUAUUCCUUGGUCCAAUAUAUUCUCAACCACCACCACCUCCUCCUCCUCCUAUUCCUUCUCCUCCUCUUGGUUUUCAUCCCUCUUAUAUACAAACUUCUCCACACCCUAUACCUCCACAUAAUGUUCCUGCUCAAACUCCUCCAAGCAAUCCUCCUACUCAACCUCCUCCCACAGUACAAGCAAAUGUAUUACCAGCUGCCAAUAUUUCCAUAACCAACACUACUACACCAAAUUCCACUGAUACUUUUUAA